CAAUGCUGCGCCGUGCCGAGCCGAGCCGUGCCGCCCCGCGGUGGGCGGGCCGUGCCGUGCCGCGCUCCGCUAUAAGGCGGCCCCGCAGCUGCGGUGGCCCCGCGAUGCCAUGUGCGUCCUGCGCUGCCUCUUCCUCCCCCUCCUCCUCUUCCUCCUCCUCCUCCCGCUGUUGGCGGCCCCCAGCCCCGCAGUGGCCCCGUCGGGGCGGCCCCGUGCCCGCCGAGGUCUCACCUACCCCGGGACGCUGUGGUGCGGCGCCGGGAGCAACGCGGACAGCUACGAACAGCUGGGUGAGCACCGUGACACCGACCGCUGCUGCCGUGACCAUGACCACUGCCAGCACGUCAUCCACCCCUUCACCUCCCGCUACGGUUACCGCAACCUGCGCUGGCACACCAUCAGCCACUGCGACUGCGACCGCCGGCUGAAGGAGUGCCUGCAGCAGGUGAACGACACGGCAUCGCGCGUGGUGGGACAGGCGUUCUUCAACGUCAUCCAGGUGCCGUGCUUCGAGUUUGCCUACAAGGAGGAGUGCGUGCAGCCGUACCUCUACGUGUGGUGCAGGGCGUACAACACGGUGGCCGUGGCGGUGCCCAAGGAGCCGGUGCUGUAUGAGUUUGGUGGGGAGCUCAUCGACAGGGCGGCGUGGCCUGGGGGGGAACCCCUGGAUCCCCCAGCUGUGAAAGCGAGGAAGAGGAUGAAGGAGAAGAGGAAGAAGGGGAAAAGUUUGAAGAAGAGCCCUUCUGGAAUUGGGGAGCUGAGCCACGCCGCAUCCAUCCCCCCCACUGCCCCCAGCUCAGGGGGACAGGGCAGCAGGAAGAGGAGGAGGAAGGAGAGGAACAGAAAGAAGAGGCUGAAGAGCAACACUGAGGCAGCCUGAGCCCCACGCUCACCCUGUGGGGGCCCUGGUUGUGU